AUGGCUACAGCCCCUAUAUCACUUACUUUUGAGGAAAUUGGUGUUUUAAAAAAUGAUUAUGAGAACUUACAUGUAUUAAAUGUUGAAAGAAAUGGAAAUGUUAUUUAUACCUAUAAGGACAAUAAGGGAAAUGUCUUCUUUGGAUUAUAUGAUUGUCAAACCAGACAAAAUGAGCAUCUUUAUACUUUCGAGAAGGACCUGCAGGUUGUCAGCUGCUCUGUCAAUAGGGAGAAAACUUUGCUUGCUGCAAGUUUUAUUCAAUCUACUAAAGGAGGGAGAAAGAAUGAGCUUGAGCCAGGAUCAAAAUGCUUAACUUUGUUGGUUGAAAUCUGCCCCAUUAAUAAUGUGAAGGUUCUUAAAGCAGUGGAUAACUGUAUUUGGGUUCAGUUCCUUUAUCCACAAGUGGAAAAUCAUUUUCUGACAGAGAACCAUCUGUUAGUGAUUUCAGAAGAGAAGUAUAUUGAACAAUUUUAUAUUCAUGUCAUCCAAGAAGAUGGAAAUAGAGUGGUAAUUAAAAAUUCUGCCCAUAUACCAAGAGAGAAAGUUGCUGAAGAUUUUGUUUGGGCUCAGUGGGAUAUGUCAGAGCAGAGAUUAUACUUUGUUGACUUGAAGAAGUCAAGAAGUACAUUGAAAUGCAUUCAAUUUUAUGCUAAUGAAAAGUUUAAUUUAAUGUUUGAAGCACCCUUGGACAUAUCACUAAAUGACUCAGGAUUUAAACUAGUCAACUUUGGAUGUAAUGAUCUUCAAGACCAAGAAAAAUUACACAAACAAUGGACCCUCUGUGUUUUCACCAACGAUACAGGAAGUUUCUGUGUCUGUUACAGCCCAAAAUUUGAAUCUUGGGAACAAAUCACAUAUUCAGUGUCCUACUUUCAUAAAGGGUAUAGUAGGACCUUCACUGUGGCUCUUGGGAAUGCUGACUCACAGGUGACAAAAGGCAUUACUUUUCUCAAUCUUGACUAUUAUGUGGCUGUUUACUUACCUGGUCAUUUCUUUCAUCUACUUAACAUUCAGCAUCCAAAACAGAUCUGCCACAGUCUGUUUCUGACAGGAAACAAUGACAUGAUUGAUAAACUACCUCAGAUAUUUUUACAGUCACUGUCAACAUCCUUGGUUCUGGAUUGCUCUUCUGGAAAGCUCUGUAGAGUGCUGCUCAACCAAUCCUAUUUAUUACAAUUCCUAUGGAAUGCUAAGCUUGAUUCUGAAAAGAUGGCCACAUUGCACUGUGUACUGUCAUGUGGCCGAGAUGCACAACUACAGGAAGCCAAGAUCAUUCAAUGGAUUUCUGAGAAUGUCUCCGCCUGCCAUUCGUUUGACCUCCUUCAGGAAUUUAUAAUUGCAUCUUCCUAUUGGAGCAUUUAUCUAGAGACUAGCAACAUGGACCAGCUGUUACCAUAUUCUUCCGUGAUCACGUGGAAUCCAGAAAUUCCUGGAAUAACUUAUAUGACAGAUGAGAUUGCAUUGCCUCUUAUAAAGAUGCACAGCUUGAAGGGUUAUUGGGAAAAACUGAACUCCAACCUGGAAUAUGUUAAGUAUUCUAAACCACACCGUCCCUAUCGCAGAAGUGUGGUCCAGAGAGAGUGGUGCAGCCUGAUUUCAGAAGAGAAAACAGGAAAAAGAAGGUCCAUGGCCUAUGUGAGGAAUAUUCUUGAUAAUGCAAUGAGGGUGAUUUCUAACCUAGAAGCGAGGAAUUUGGAGCCACGAUUCACACCCCUCUUACAGGAAGAGGACAAACACCAGAGGUUGCUCAUAGGACUGAUGGUGUCUGAGCUAAAAGACCAUCUGUUACGACAUCUAUUGGGCAUAGAAAAGAAGAAAAUAGAACAAAUGGUUUUUGACUACAGUUCAAAAUUGCUGGAUCUUGUUUGCCAGAUACUUGAAACCAGCUGGAGAAAACACAAUCUUCAUCCCUGGGUUUUCCACCCUAACAGGCAAGGAAGUGCUGCUGAGUUUGCAAUCUUUCACCUCAUGACCAGGAUUUUGGAAGCUACUCACAACUUGUUUCUGCCUCUGCCUCCCGGCUUUCAUACUCUGCACACCAUCCUGGGUGUUCACUGCCUCCCUCUGCAUAACCUGCUGCAUUAUGUUGAUCAUGGAGUGCUGCGCCUUACAGAAACUGCUGUCACUAGGCUCAUGAAAGAUUUGGACAAUACAGAAAAAAAUGAGAAACUGAAAUUCAGUAUCAUUGUGCGGCUCCCUCCGCUUAUUGGUCAGAAAAUCUGUCGACUUUGGGAUCAUCCUAUGAGUUCUAACAUUAUUUCACGGAACCAUGUGAAGCGACUGCUUCAGCACUACAAGAAACAGCCUUGGAGUUCUGUGAUUGACAAAUCAUCUUUCAGUAUAGAAUUUCUGCCUCUGAAUUACUUCAUUGGCAUACUGACAGAUAUAGAAUCUUCCAAUCAAGUUCCACAUGCUUUUGAAGGCCAUGAUAAUGUGGAUGCAAAGUUUGUAGAGGAAGCAGCUCUCAAACAUACUACAAUGCUCUUAGACUUAUGAAAGAGAAAAUGUAAUUAGGCAGGCUGCUG